CAACAUCCCAGCAGCUGCAUUCCCUUGUAAAAGUUAAUAAAGAAAGCUUUUUGGCCCGCGUGAGAGAGAUUCGGUCUUCUCUUCUGUCUCCUAAUUCACAAGACCCUUUCUUUCUCUGAAAAGGCCUUUGGAACUGAGAGAGAUUGAGAGGUGUGUUGUGCUGGUAGAAAAAAUGACUGCCGGAGGAGCAUCAGGAAGGUUGCCAACGUUCAAGGAAAGAGAGAAUAAUAAGAGAAGGGAAAGAAGGAGGAGAGCCAUAGCUGCGAAGAUAUUUUCAGGGCUAAGAGCCCAGGGUAACUAUAAGCUACCAAAACAUUGUGACAACAAUGAGGUCUUGAAAGCUCUUUGUUCUGAGGCUGGCUGGGUCGUUGAAGAAGAUGGCACUACUUAUCGCAAGGGAUACAAGCCAAUUCCAACCCCAACUGAAAUAGCAGGGGCUUCUGCAAACAUCAGUGCAUGUUCCUCUAUUCAGCCAAGCCCUCAAUCUUCAUAUUUCCCUAGUCCUGUGGCCUCUUACCAUGCCAGUCCAACAUCUUCGUCUUUUCCCAGCCCGACCCGUUUUGAUGCAAACCCCUCAACGUACCUUCUUCCAUUCCUUCACAACAUCGCUUCCAUCCCCUCUAAUUUACCUCCUCUGAGAAUAUCAAAUAGUGCUCCCGUAACCCCACCUCUAUCAUCUCCAACUUCUAGAGGUUCAAAACCAAAAGCUGAUUGGGAAUCCAUUUCAAAUGGCUCAUUAAACUCCUUCCGCCAUACCCUGUUUGCGGUUUCUGCCCCUUCAAGCCCCACCCGCCGCCAGCAUCUUGCACCUGUCACAAUACCAGAAUGUGAUGAAUCUGAUGCAUCUACUGUGGACUCCGGUCGUUGGGUCAGUUUCCAGACAGUAGCACCCUCAGCAACUGCAGCAGCAGCCCCUCCUUCACCUACAUUUAAUCUUGUCAAACCAAUGCUGAAACAAAAUUCUGUUCAGGAUGCAGUUAAUGGGCACAGAGGGGUAAGCUGGGAGCUGACAACUGAGAGGGAGCGAGAUUCAGAGUUUGAAUUUGGGAGUGAUGCAGUUAAGCCAUGGGAGGGUGAGAGAAUUCAUGAAAUAGGUGUGGAUGAUCUGGAGCUUACACUGGGAAGUGGCAAGACGCGAUGAUAAAGCAUCUACCAAAACCUGCAUUGACAUAGGAGUAUGUGAAUCAAGAGAGUUUGUGAAGAUUUCAUUGUGCAUGCUAAAUGGUGCUCAGUUUCUUCAGCUAGGCUAGUCUGUAUGGCAUCCCUUAAAGGUCUCAAAUUUCUGCAAUUCCUGGAAACCUGGAUAUCACAUUCGCAGAUGCCUGGAAUUUUCCUUUUGUGUAUAGUUGUUAGUCUAAAUUAUAUGAGCCAUUACAGGUCUGAAGUAAUCCUACAUAUCAGAUUCCAUAGUGCAAACAUGCAGUGGGAAAGACAAAAGCAGAUCCAUGUCAGUCCAAAUGUUAUGAGAAACAUUUACCUGUUUUAGCAGCAGAAAUGAAUUAAAAUUCAUUCAAGUCUUCUGCAGUUUGUUGGGUUGUGUGGGUCAAAAAGGCAUCUGAACCCAUUCUAAGAUAGUUAAUUGAUCUUAAGGUUCAUAAUGUUUUCUUGUAAUUUUAGUGUAUUCUUUUCUCAUAUCUAUGUUGAUUAAAAUUUUCUGUGGGUGUUUUCUGGAAAUCACUGUAGAGGAAAAGGUAACUUGGGAGCUCUGAUUUGUAUGGGAUACUUGCUUCCAUAUAUGUGUCGUUGGGUAUGAUUCUUGAGGACAUUUUUGCUUAUUUUUCCCUCUUUGGGUUCUGAGUUUGGUUCCUUUGCUUGGUUCUUGAUCAAAUUUAUUCUUGAACUAAUAACAAUGAAGAAGUUGAGCUCUCUUAGCUAUUCUCUUUCA